UUUCUCUCGUCUCGUUGUUUGAGUUUUUGUGUACCACUCUGCUGGGUGCGUUUUCUGUCUCCUUUGGUGCGUAUUCCUUAUCUAUAUUUUGGAGCCGAAGACGGACAUAGCGAAGCUAGAGCUCUAAAACUAGGGAAGAGCUCGGAGUAGAAUACCACAGCGCGUCAUUUAGAGCUUUGUUUUCCAACCCCACUACUCCCACGUACACCCUCAAACACUAUUGAACCCUAGAAGAUCUGAUUCUUUGAGCUGAGCGCAAAAUUCACCACUAAAAAAAUUAUGUCCGCGAAAUCCACGCAAGGGCCUGGGGGGAAGAAGCCUGCUUCGGCGGCUACAAAUCUGAUAGCUGGAGGUGGAGCUGGAAUGAUGGAAGCACUCGCGUGCCAUCCUCUAGACACAAUAAAAGUGCGAAUGCAGCUCUCAAGAAGAGCGCGAGCGCCGGGCGCCCCACGCCGUGGUUUCCUCAAAACCGGCUCCGAGAUCAUAAAACGCGAAACCCCCCUGGGCCUCUACAAAGGUCUCGGCGCCGUCCUUACAGGAAUUAUUCCCAAAAUGGCAAUCCGCUUUACAUCCUACGAAUGGUACAAGCAGCUCCUGGCCGACAGUUCCGGCAACGUCAGCGGCAAGAGCACUUUCCUUGCCGGCCUCGCAGCCGGCGUCACUGAAGCCGUCGCCGUCGUCACCCCCAUGGAAGUCAUAAAAAUCCGACUCCAGGCCCAACACCACUCCAUGGCGGAUCCCCUAGACAUCCCCAAAUACCGCAACGCGGCACACGCACUGUACACCGUUGUCAAAGAAGAAGGGUUUGGUGCGUUGUAUCGAGGAGUGAGUUUGACGGCGUUAAGACAGGGGUCCAAUCAGGCAGUGAAUUUCACGGCGUAUAGCGAGUUUCGGAGUAUUUUGCAGAGGUGGCAGGGUACGACGGAUUUGCCGAGUUAUCAGACGAUGGUAAUUGGGUUGGUUAGUGGGGCCAUGGGGCCGCUGAGUAAUGCCCCGAUUGAUACAAUUAAGACGAGGUUGCAGAAGACGCCCGCGGAACCGGGGCAGACUGCUGUGCAGAGGAUUGUCAACAUCUCGAAAGACAUGUGGAAACAAGAAGGCAGUCGCAGUUUCUACAAAGGUAUCACGCCCCGUAUUAUGCGUGUUGCGCCCGGGCAGGCGGUUACGUUUACUGUGUAUGAGUAUUUGAAGACGGUGCUGGAGAAGGGGAGGGAUAUGUUGCCUGGUGGGCAGUAUGAAGAGUGAAGGAUACCUGCAUGGAGACUGAAAGGGAGAUUGUAAAUAUGAAAAAAAAAAUGAAUUGAGGUUAGGAGAGAAGGUGAAAAGCCA